GGAAGGACCCAGCGAGGCCCGGCGGCGCUGUGAGGCGCCCGGCCCAGCUCCCUGCCCCGCUCUCGGCCGCGAUGUCCCGGAGCUCCGCGGGGCGGCAGACGGAGGUGAAAGGUUGGUUGGCAGAUUCAUUCGAUGACUUCUUUGGAAACACAUCUGUUUCUUCUAGCACAGUUUCUGCAAAGCUGCCUAGAAGCAACUCUGGAAGAAACUGUCAGCAGAACAAAGACCUGUCUUCUGUGCCGGGAUGUAGCAAAAGCAGAGUUCUACCCAAAAAAAGAACAAAGUCAUCUUCAGUAGGUCUGCCUUGCAACAAGUGCAGACAAAAUCAGAGCCAAUCUCAAGAUGAGCCAUGGGUAGAUAAAUACAAACCUGAAACUCAGAAUGACCUUGCUGUGCAAAAGAAGAAAAUUGAAGAAGUUGAAACCUGGUUAAAAACACAUGCAUUUCAGAGGCCACCAAAGCAGGGUGGCUCUGUUUUACUGUUAACUGGUCCUCCUGGGUGUGGAAAGACAGCAACUAUACAAAUAUUAGCAAAAGAUCUUGACAUUCAGGUGCAAGAAUGGACCAAUCCAAUAUCAUUAGACUUUACAAAAGAAGAUUUAAGAAGUAUAUUUGGCCACAUCUCAAAUUUUCAUACGUUUCCGAGUCAGGCCCAAGCAGCUCUUCUUCAAGAUUUUCUAUUAAGAGCAAAUAAGUAUAACAAACUUCAGAUGCUUGGGGAGUCCUCAGGAAAUGAUAAAAAGCUUAUUCUCAUUGAAGACAUACCAAACCAAUUCUAUCGAGACCCUAGCAGUCUACAUGAAAUUCUCAGGAGAUUCGUUCGUACAAGUAGGUGUCCCCUUAUAUUUAUAAUCUCAGAUAACUUCAGUGGAGACAGCAACCAGAGGUUACUAUUUCCAAAAGAAAUUCUGGAGGAGUUGUGUAUUUCAAUUAUCAGUUUCAAGCCUAUUGCACCAACAAAUAUGAUGAAAGUUCUUAAUCGAAUAGCUGCAACAGAAGCUAGUAUGAAUGGAGAUAAGAAUUAUGUUCCUGACAGAACAUCUCUAGAGCUGCUUUGCAGAGGUUGUUCAGGUGAUAUAAGAAGUGCAAUAAACAGUCUUCAGUUUUCUUCUAUGAAAGACUACUCAUUGGAGAAAAAUUUUUGGUCAGGGAAGGAAGGCAACUCCACACUAAAACAUGGAGCAGCAGCAGUGUGUAAAUCAAGAAAGAAAAGUAAAUGUGAUCCUUCAGAAGACCAGGAGAUACAAGCUAUUGGUGGCAAAGAUGCUUCCAUUUUUCUUUUCCAUGCUCUGGGGAAAAUAAUUUACUGCAAAAGAGAACCUCUGUCAGAGUCGGAAGUUCUUCAGCUGCCUUCUCACUUAUCAGAAUACCGUCGAGACACCCUGCUUAUUCAGCCUGAGGUUAUUGUGGAAAAAUCACACAUGUCUGGAAGCAUGUUUAAUUUAUACCUUCACCAGAACUAUGUAGAAUUUUUUACUGACAUAGAUGAUGUUGUGAGAGCCAGUGAAUACCUGAGCACCGCUGAUGUUCUUUGUAGUAACUGGAAUUCACGGCUUGUGAUGGAAGAAUACAGUGCAUCUGUGGCUACCCGAGGUGUGAUACAUUCAAACACAUCCCGAGCCUUUGCCCACUGCCAAGGAGGGAUGGGGUUCCGGCCGCUGCAUAAACCCCAGUGGUUCUUUAUCAAUAACAAGUAUAAAGAAAACUGCCUUGCUGCAAAAUCUCUCUUUUCAAGCUUCUGUUUACCACCAGAGUGUCUUCAGACGGAGCUAUUGCCUUACCUUGCUAUGUUAGCAAAUCCAAUGAGAAACCAAGCUCAGAUUGCUUUUAUUCAAGAUGUUGGGAGGCUACCCCUGAAAAGACAUUUUGGGAGGUUAAAGCUUGAAACGCUUACUGAUAAAGAUCCUGGAAUACCAGACCUGUUUGUUAGUUUUGAGGGGGACCCUGAUGGUUUGCAUGCUACAGAGAUGGAUGUACAGGUGGAGCAAAACAGAACAGACGAGAAUGGUUCAGAUGGAUUCCCUCUUUCUUCUAGCCAGUGCAGUGGAAGUGAACUACCUUGCAGUCAGCCUCAGCCUGUUGCAGCCCAAGCAGCUAUGGAGGAAGAUGAGUUAAAAAUAGAAGAAUAUGAUAGUGACUGAGUACAGCAAAAUAUCAACCACUGAGUUGCCUGAAUAGAUUAAAAUGCAUCAAAGGCCUUUGCUAAAGUGAGUAUGGUCUGCACAUCAGUAAUCCUUUAGCUACUUAGGUGGGUGAGGAAGCCAGAUCUAAACAUGUGUCAGUAUCAAGAUGUUUCUUCAGCUUCCCCUUAGCUUUGGAGGAUCAGACCUGAGCAGAAUACUAAAUUGCAGGCUAUUCCCUGCCUAUUCUGAGCCAUGAAAGUAAUUUAUACUAAGAGAGAGAGAACAGUAAAUGAUAAAUGAUACAGUUUGAAAGACUGUAGAUAAUCAGUUUCACUCUUAAGUUAUUUUUAUUUUUACACAUAUUAAUUUACUCUGCAGUUGUACAGUGGGUUUCCUAAGUACAUGGUUGAUUAGUUGUCAGCAUUUGAAGGUUCUAUUAAAAUUUAUACCUUCAGGGAAAUUGCUGUUUGGAAGUUUGAACCUUCUGAAAGAAGAGACUAAAGGGUAUAUGUAAAAAGUUUUAUAUCCUAUACCGAUGAUAUAAAUAAAACUCCUACUGUAUUAAUACUGUUUUGUAUUCUGCUACAGAUAUUUUUACAGUGUUUAUAGGUUGAACAUAUGUUGUACAACACAUUAUUUUGGAUUCCUUUUUGGAAAAUAUUUUCAUAAUUUAUUGAGGAGGAAAUAGAACAAUCAAUCAGAAGUCCUUUUUGUCCUUUGUAUUCUGUAGGAACCUAUUGGUGUAGCAUGCAGUUUUCUCUUUAAAUUGCAGCUGUGCUGGAACAAAGAAUAAUCCCAUGGUUGGUAAUUGACACAUGAAAAGUGUUUUUUCUUUGUCUGAACAGACUGUUAAGUGGUUUAGCACUUCACUGUAACUGGGAUUACUUCAUGCAAAUCAACUUAACAGGUUAUAAUUAGUGAUACCACAUAAAUAAGGAAACGAAGAACAAACCAAAUUUGAAUGUGUGAUGUGUGUUUGCAUUUCUCUACUGUUAAAAUCCAAAGUUAGAAAAUACAUGUAUAGCCAUAACCUUGGAAUUAAUGCCGCUAUUAAAAGGUUUAGAUUUGUCCCCUAUGAA